UUGUUGGCGCACUCUCGUCGGUAGCGCAUCGAAGAACGGAUCGUGUAGUGUUGCUUUUUUAUCGUGCGUGAACUGGAAUUUUUAAUACUCGCUCGUGUUUAUUUACUUUCCCUUCCCCAACCACCACGCCUAAGCAAGCGUAGGGCCGUGACAUUUUCUAUUUGUUUUCUUUAUUCCCAUUAUUUUUGGAGUGUUAUAAAAAAACUAAAGGUGUGAUCUAAUUAGUCUUACAAUGGCCGUACGCUUCAUGGAUAUGCUAAAACUCACCUUUAAGGUGCUCAGUUUCAAGUACGAGCAACGUCGGCUAACCACAGCGAUCUAUUCGGUGGUUAAAACGAAACUCGGCUCGGUGCGUGGCGUCAAGAGAAACACAAUUUGGGGCGGAAGCUACUACAGCUUUGAGAAGAUUCCAUUUGCUAAGCCACCGGUGGGGGAACUGCGCUUCCGAGCACCGGAACCGGCAGAGCCAUGGGAUCGUGAAUUGGACUGCACUUCGCCAGGCGAGAAGUCCAUGCAAACGCAUGUGUUCUUCAGCAAGUUUGCGGGCUCCGAAGAUUGCCUGUAUCUGAAUGUGUACGCCAAGGAUCUGCAGCCGGAAAAGCUGCGUCCCGUCAUGGUCUGGAUCUAUGGCGGUGGUUUCCAGGUGGGCGAAGCCACACGAGACAUGUACAGUCCGGACUUCUUCAUGUCCAAGGAUGUGGUGGUCGUCUCCAUCAGCUAUCGGCUGGGCGCACUUGGUUUUCUUAGUCUGGAGGAUCCAGAGCUCAAUGUGCCCGGAAAUGCGGGCCUCAAGGAUCAAAUCCUGGGUCUCCGUUGGGUGCAGCAGAACAUCGAAGCCUUUGGCGGGGAUCCCAACAACGUGACCCUCUUUGGCGAGAGUGCAGGCGGUGCCUCCACACAUCUGCUGACCCUCAGUCCGCAGACGGAGGGACUACUGCACAAGGCCAUUUCGAUGUCCGGCACUGCGCUGUGUCCUUGGGCUCAGCCGCCGAGCAACAAUUGGGCCUAUCGUUUAGCCCAGAAACUGGGCUAUACAGGCACCAGCAAGGACAAGGAGAUCUUUAAGUUUCUGCUUGAUGUCAAGGGCGGGGACAUUGUCAAGGCGACGUCUUCGGUGCUCAGCAAGGAGGAGAAACACAAUCGAGUUCUAUUCGCCUUUGGACCCGUUGUGGAACCCUACAAGACGGAGCACACUGUAAUUGCCCAGUCGCCCUUUGAGUUAAUGCAUCAACCCUGGAGCAACCGGGUGCCCAUGAUGUUUGGCGGCACAAGCUUCGAGGGAUUGCUCUUCUAUCCAGAGGUAAUGCGACGACCGGCUACUCUGGACGAGGUGGGUGACUGCAAGAAUAUGCUGCCCAUUGAUUUGGGUGACAAUCUGGAUCCCAAGCUGCGCGAGAAUUAUGCUCUGCAGCUGAAACGCGCCUACUUCGGCGAGGAGGCCUGCAACCAGGCCAAUAUGAUGAAGUUUCUGGAUUUGGAAUCCUAUCGCGAAUUCUGGCAUCCCAUCUAUCGCACAGCUCUGGCCCGACUGCGUCAGGGCAGUGCUCCCACCUAUGUGUACCGCUUUGACCAUGACUCCAAGCUCUGCAAUGCCAUUCGCAUUGUGCUUUGUGGCAAGGAGAUGCGCGGCGUUUGUCAUGGUGAUGAUCUGUGCUACAUCUUCCACAGCAUGCUGUCGCAUCAGGCGGCAGUGGGUUCACCUGAGCAUAAGGUCAUUACUGGCAUGAUUGACAUCUGGACGAGCUUCGCGGCCAACAGCGAUCCCAAUUGCGAGAGCAUCAAGAACCUUAAAUUCGCUCCCCUUGAAAAUGAAUCGGACAUUCAAUGCCUUAAUAUUGGUGAACAGUUCGAGGUCAAGAAGUUGCCUGAGUUGGAGAAACUUCAGCUCUGGGACAGCUUCUAUACCAGGGGUAAACUUUAGUCUAUCCUAGACUCAAGUCGUUAAUCUUGGGUUCAUAGCUUUAGCUAACAUUUUUGAGGCCCGCUAUUCCCAUUAUGUAAAUACUUUUGUUGUAAAUGUAAAUAUGUAAUAGUUUUUCUUAUGCGUAUUUUAUACUGUUGAAUUCCAGCUUAGUCUUAUUUAUUAUUGUUACCGAUGUGUAUUUUGUGCAAUGUUUUUCACAUUGUUUGGUUUAUCAGCAACAAAUAUACGUUAUCUUGAAAAUCA